AUGAAGCAUGGACGGUGUUUGGCAAAUGGGAGUUCUGAAUGUGAAAGCAAUUACUAUGGUCCAGACUGUGAAGUAUUUUGUAACAGCAGCAUGCCACAUGGAACUUGCAGUGCAAAUGGGACGGCUGUUUGUGAGGUUAAUUUCUUUGGCAAACACUGUGAAAUAUUUUGUAAUGAAAGCAUGAAGCAUGGACGGUGUUUGGCAAAUGGGAGUUCUGAAUGUGAAAGCAAUUACUAUGGUCCAGACUGUGAAGUAUUUUGUAACAGCAGCAUGCCACAUGGAACUUGCAGUGCAAAUGGGACGGCUGUUUGUGAGGUGAAUUUCUUUGGCAAACACUGUGAAAGAUUUUGUAAUGAAAGCAUGAAGCAUGGACGGUGUUUGGCAAAUGGGAGUUCUGAAUGCAAAAGCAAUUACUAUGGUCCAGACUGUGAAGUAUUUUGUAACAGCAGCAUGCCACAUGGAAAUUGCAGUGCAAAUGGGACGGUUGUUUGUGAGGUGAAUUUCUUUGGCAAACACUGUGAAAGAUUUUGUAAUGAAAGCAUGAAGCAUGGACGGUGUUUGGCAAAUGGGAGUUCUGAAUGUGAAAGCAAUUACUAUGGUCCAGACUGUGAAGUAUUUUGUAACAGCAGCAUGCCACAUGGAACUUGCAGUGCAAAUGGGACGGCUGUUUGUGAGGUGAAUUUCUUUGGCAAACACUGUGAAAGAUUUUGUAAUGAAAGCAUGAAGCAUGGACGGUGUUUGGCAAACGGGAGUUCUGAAUGUGAAAGCAAUUACUAUGGUGCAGACUGUGAAUGCAAAUGGGACGGCUGUUUGUGA